CUAGUGACUAAUCUUUUGUAAUUUUCUCUUUCAGCGUCAUUGUCACGCGAUAUUACGGUAGCUCAAGCCGGUCGUUUGUUUAGUUUUUUCGCCGUAGUAAUACAGACUAACAAAUAGCUUUUACUCGUGUUCCAAGUGUUGUGAGUAGUGACUGUUUUUUCUCUGUACUAGUGUAAUACACAAGACGUCGAGUUUUGUUUUUUAUAUUUUCAGUUUUUUGCUUCUAUCAAUUUUACUCCAGUUUUAAAAGUUUAACAUUUUAGUGGGAUAACUAUCGUCACGAGCUCUAGUGAUCUUGAGGAGGAGGCGACCACUUUGGGGUAAGGACGCUUGGAAUUUUUUUUUACCUCUGUUCACUCGAGUGCCUAAAAACAGUUUUGGAUUUGCUACUUGACAUCACCGAUGCACGUGCGGUCUGCGGUCGCCGUAACCCCAUCCAAGAUGCCGCUGAAAUUAUGGCUGCCAUUACGUUUACUUGUAUUACUCAUUUUCAUCUCUGUAUCAGCAGCCCACAAACACUCCCGACGUCAUCGAGACUCGUUAAUAACUCCAACUGAGUCAACUUCAACUACGACAAAUAAGAGCUUCAUCGAAAGUUUUCAUGAUAAUUAUGAAGUGUCUCCAACUUCUGUUUUCACCGAAGAAAAAACUGUCAAGCGUGAUCCGUGUCUUGAUAAAUACUGCGGCGCCGGAAGGAAAUGCCGACUCUCGCCUGACGGAGGUGUUGCUUUGUGUGUCUGCAUUAAAAAAUGCGGGAUACGACACAGGCCUGUUUGCGGAAGCGACGGAAAAGUUUAUGCAAAUCACUGCGAACUACAUCGGGCUGCUUGUAAUAAGGGAACUCCGCUCACCGUUAGCAGAUUGAUGAGAUGCUUACAUCAAGAGGAUCACCGAGAAACUCCGAAGGCUCUCCCCGUAGGUGAAGCUACUGCACCAACACUGGGGCUCAAAAAUGGGAUUAAUCAUCCGGAGGAUGUUAGAGAUAAUCUCGUGGAUAUAGAUGCCAAUGAUCUUAAUGAUUGUUCUGCUCAAGAGUAUGAGAUAAUGAAGGACAACCUUCUGCUGUAUAAUCAUGCCCGACUGAUGACUCAAGACAAUCAUAGCAAAGAAUAUUUAGUUAGCAUAAUGUUCUCCCAUUAUGAUCAGAAUAAUAAUGGUAAUUUGGAGCGCGAGGAACUGGAACAGAUUGCCGAACGUGAGGACUUGGAGCAGCUGAGCAAGGGAUGCUCUUUAGGACAUAUGAUCAGUUAUGACGAUGCCGAUAAAGACGGACGACUUAACAUCAAUGAAUUUUACAUGGCUUUUAGCAAGCUUUAUAGUGUGUCGGUUGUUUCUCUCGACAAAUCGCUGGAGAUCAAUCACAUUUCAGCACGCGUUGGUGAUAACGUCGAGAUAAAAUGUGAUGUUACAGGCACGCCACCACCGCCCCUAGUUUGGAGGCGUAACGAAGCUGACCUGGAAGCACUAUCGGAACCUGAAAUACGCGUGUUUAACGAUGGUAGCUUGUAUCUGACUCGCGUCCAAUUACUUCAUGCGGGAAAUUAUACUUGCCAUGCUUUAAGGAACAAGGAUGUUGUUCAAACUCAUGUAUUGACAGUACACACGAUACCAGAGGUAAGAGUGACACCGAGAUUGCAAUCAAAACGUCCGGGCGAGGAAGCAAUGAUGUCUUGUCACGUCGUUGGGGAGCCGUUACCACGAGUCGAGUGGCUGAAAAACGACGAAUCGCUUCACGAGGAAGACAAGUAUGAGGUUGUUGGCAACGGGACAAAACUUAUCGUCAGAAAUAUUGGAUACGCUGACACUGGGGCUUAUAUGUGUCAGGCUACGAGCAUCGGCGGACUGACCCGCGAUAUCAGCAGCCUAGUUAUUCAGGAGCAGCCAACCCCAACAGCGGCUAAUGAAGAGCGGAGGUUCUUUUCAUUCCACGAAUGGGGCAUAUCUGUUUACGAGCCGUCUGCUUGUCGACUUUAUCAUCAAAUUCAUUCCACAGAUAUCAUCCCCGGGACACAGGAAUAUGUUUGCGGAGAAAAGGAUAUACCCUGCAGCUGGGGCCGCGCUAUCAACGUUGCUAAUCGUUAUGUAUACGUUACACAGCCUGAGAAAGAUAGAAUUUUAGUUAUCAGCAAAAUUCAGAUGGUCGUUGUUGAUGUUGUAGCUACAGAUAAAUAUCCAGUGGAGUUGCAGUAUGUGCCGGCAUUAGAUCAAGUUUGGGUAUUGAAUUGGCGGAGCGAGCGUAACAUCGGUAUAAAAACAAUCCAAGUAAUCAGAGACGCCGCGCAAAAAAGAAAACACCAUACAGUGCACCCGGAACCUAUUGACGGGCAGUUUGAUUUAGUACGCGGUCUCUACAUUCCCUAUCUACAGGAUAUCGGGCACAUGUUUAAAUACGGAUACGUCACUCACACUAAUCAACGGGGCAUGUACAAGCUUGAUCUAGCAAACAUGCGGUACACCAGAAGCGCCGAUCUCGCACCAUACAAUUGCGUGCCCGCCCACAUUCAAUUUCCAGCCUUGUAUGGAUUCGUAAUAUUACAAUGCGAGGAACCAAUUACUGGUAAAGCAACCGGUCAACUUUUAUUAGAUUACUUGACGGAUACGGUUUUGUCUCACAAACCCGGGCUUAUUGGAAAACCUAUGGUAUCACCGGAUUCACGUCACGUUGUCACGUUGGACAAACAAGUCAGUGGAGUUAUACUUGUUGUCCAAGAAAUACUACCAAAUGGAUUAAAGUUUUCGUUUGACGUUAAAACAACAUUAAAUAUUAGUGAUAUUACAUUUUAUCCAUCGCAAACAACUCAUGGAUAUGAUUUAUACGCUUCCUCGACAGAUAAAGAAGACAUAUUGUUUCUUAAUUUAGCUACAGGUAAAGUAGAAAUGAUAACAGGCGUUGGAAAAGCGAUGCCAAUGAAUUUAACCAAAUGGGGAAAUCCGAACAGGCCAAUUGUCCAAAGUGGUAUAUUUGGACGUUAUAUGGUGAGUCCAUCGAACGAAGCUCUCUUUGUAUUGAAUGGAGAAACACGAACGGUUAACUGUGAAAUCGGUGGUCUUGUACAUCCGGGUCAAGUUGUGUGGUUUACAGUAGCUCUUCAUUAGAAACUAUCUGCCGUAUUAUUUCAAUAAAAAUAAUAUUUCCCGAUAAAUUUAAUUUUAUUUAAAAACCAAACAAGUGGCCUCGAAUUGUCUUUUCAAAAUAAAUAAAUAAUUAAUUAUACUAAUUCAUAUAAAUACACAAGUAUAAUAUUAUUUUAAAUUAUAUACUUUAAAGAAGUAAAUAAUAAAUUAUAAAGACGAUGAGGAUCUAAAUAGCGGGAACUAUUUUUUGUUCCUAAUAAAAUUAAAUUUUCAUAAAAUAUUAAUAAUGAUAAUUGAUAAUAAUAAUAAUAAAAUUAAUUAAUGUCAUUUGCCAUACGAGACCAUUGCCACUAUGUAAAAUCGUUCGUAAAAAAAAAUACUAAAAGACAAAAAAAAAUAUCAUUCUUAUAUUAAAUAUAUUAUAAUAUAAAUAUUAAGACCCACCGUACACAAUAACUAGGAAUAAAAAUUAAUAUUAUUAUGUAAUGUUAUUAAUAACGUUGUUACGCAAUUAUUGUAAGAUAUAAUUGAUAUAGCAUUUUUAUGGAACGAAAAAGAAAAAAAAAAUAAGUACCCCGAGUAUAAAUUUCAGUAAUUUGUCGUCAGUUUAUCCAAUAAAAA